AUGAAUAUUAUAAUUCAACUUGUUUUGAGAAUAAAUAAUGGUGCAAUUGAAAAGAAUGAUAGAAUCAGAAGGAUUAAUUCUAAGAUACCAGGUCCCAAAGGUUUACCAUUCUUUGGUAAUAUAUUAGCUGUAAGAGGUAAUAGACAUUUGAAAUACCAACAAUAUUAUAAAGAGUAUGGUCCAGUUUUUAGAGUUAAAUAUGGAACCAUUGAAAGAGUAGUUUUAACAGGGUAUCCAAUUUUAAAAGAGGCUUUUAUUGACCAUGCUGAAUUAUUUCAACCUAGAUUUUUAAGGGAAAAUAAUAUUAUAGUAAAGCUUUAUUCACAACAGAAAUUUAAAGGACUGAUAUUCUCUAAUGGUGACUAUCAUAAAAAUUUAAAGUCGGUUAUUUUAUCAGAACUAACAGCAACUAAAAUCAAGAAAAUGGAGGUGCAUAUAAAUGAAGAGUCAAAAAGGUUAUGCGAACUAUUAGAAAAGCGUGCAAAUGAAGGUAAAGAGUUUGUAAUGAAUAAAUAUUUUAAUUUAUUUUCAAUUAAUAUUAUUCUAAGGUUUUUAUUUGGUAUAAACUAUCCAUAUGAUGAUUUAAAUGAAUCGAGUGUGGAGGUAAUUGAAGUUAUCCAGAGAUUCUUCAAGUUGUUAAGUGAACCUGUGCUAUCUGAUUAUUUGGCUUUUCCACAUCCAUUUCCUGAAAGACCUAGAGAAUUCUAUAGAUGCUUCCGUAAGCUUGCAAAGAACAUAUUAAAACUAAUUGGAAACUAUAAAUCUAAAAGAAGCAGUACUGGCUCUGAUGAACAUGGUGCUAUAAUUGACAAACUAUUAAUAGAGUUGGAAAAAGGUAAUAUCACUAACAUGGGUUUAGUUUCAAUUUGUGUUGAUGUGCUUAUUGCCGGUGCUGAUACUGUUGGUCAAACUUUGAUGUUUUCGUUUAUUGCAAUGGCUAAUGAUCAGUCAAUCCAAGAGAAACUAUACCAAACUUUGAAUGCUGCAAUUCCACCAAAUGAAGAUUAUUCGUAUAGUAAAUAUAAGUUGACAAUUCCAUAUCUUUCGUUGGUUGUAAAAGAGACGUUUAGAAAGUACCCAGUUGGUGUAUUGGGUUUACCACACAUGACUACUGAAGAUGUUGUUAUUGGCGGCCACACAAUUGCUAAAGGUACACAAAUCAUUCAAAAUCUUUAUGCAUCUCACCGAUCUGAAGAGUUUUGGAACCAGCCCGAUGAAUUUAUACCUGAACGUUUUCUUGAAAAGGAUGUUGGUACACUACAUCAUUUCGCAGUUGGACCUAGAAACUGUUUGGGCUAUUCAUUGGCUGAAUGUGAAGUUACAUCUGCAAUUGCUACAUUGAUUAGAAAUUUUAAUUUUAUUAAUCCAAAUCCAACACAACCACUUAAUGAUGAAGGCGAUUUUAGUAUUGCAUUAAUUGCCCCACAAACUAAACUAUUAGUUAAAAAAAGACAUAAUCUUGUUCUCUAA